GUUAGUUGGAAACGGUGGUCUGAAAGGUAUUUUCUUGUUAAAGUACUAGAAGUAGUUAUUUUCUAUGAACAAGUACUUCUAGGCCUUCACUUAAGUUGGAAAACGCCUUCUUUAACACGAAUCGCAGCUGAAACAAGUUUUAUCCUUGAACCCCCUUUGUAGUUAUGUCGCCCCCUCCCAACAAAGCCGAUGCCGAUGCAACAUGGAAGUAUAUCGAGGCUGGCGUUCAGGGAAUUCUGAAGCACCCGUCGGAUAGGGGGGAAAUGGACAUGAAAACAUGGAUGGGACUCUACACAGCCGUACACAACUUUUGUACAGUACGAAAAGCAGUUGGCUCUAGCCCUACGCAAGGCUGCAGUCGCGGUAAUCGCAGAGUAGCACACAUUUUCGAAAAAGAACUAUACGAGAGACUGAAGCAAUUACUCGAAACACAUCUCCAAAUGAUCCAGAACGAAGCUAGACGGUAUUCGAAAGGGGCUCUCCUCGAUUUCUACAUUAAAGAACAGGAUCGAUAUAUAACCGCUGCCAAGCAGAACAACCACUUGUUCAGGUAUCUUAACCGACACUGGGUGAAGCAGGAAAUCAAGCAGGGAAGAAAAGACAUUUACGACGUCUAUACUCUACAUCUCGUUCUAUGGAAAGGGGUAAUAGACGCUGCCACUCACGCGGGCGUAGCGGACGCUGUGACCCAGCUAAUGGAGAGGCAGCGGAAUGGAGAGAUUAUCGACGACACAUUGAUUGAGGGCAUCCUCGACUCGUUUGGUAAAUAUUAAUUCUAAAUGUCUAGUACCAUACUAACUAUGUUAGGCCUGGAUGAAGAGGUCCCCUUGGACGUAUAUUAGCUCCUGCUCUCUAAUGGUAUCGGCCCACAAACCAAGGAUAAAGAUGAAUAUGCACAGCGCUAGGGUUGGUAGCGACGGGGUUGUAGCAGAGAGGCGGAUGAAUUGAUGGUGAUCCAAGAAAAGCGGCCAGCCGGGUAAUGAACUGGUCUUUAGAAAAGAGCGGCGGUCCGAGGAUGAUGGUAAAAUGAAUCAUUUUGCUCUUCGAAAGCUCGCCGUACCGCAGUCGUGAUAUUGUAGUAUUCGAAGCUA